AGUUCUACAAUUGUUGUAGCCUAUAUAUGGUCUCUGAGAAUAACUGCUUUGAACCCAUAAUCGCCAAUACUUUCUGACCUUUCUUAAUAAUAGAAGCUCUAUGCCUGACACUAUUUCUCAUUUGCAAAUUCAAAUCAUCAUUAAGUUUUAGUUAAUUAACUGAAUUUGCUUAGGUCGGACAUUAUAAUUAUUAAUCUCAUUGUUAAUAUUCUAACAAUAAGACUUAAACUAUUGCUGGCAAACAGUGUUUUUCACUUCACAUAGGCCUAUCCUACUAGUAGGACACAUGCCAACUCCAACAAAAAGUUAGUCAUGUGCUUUUCAGAAGAUGAAAGCUUAAGAUAAAGGCUGAAAGUGUUUGAUGCUGGAAGUGGGAGUGGCAUUAUAUAGGUCUCAGCCAAGACAUGUGAUAGUCACUGUAGGGAGAGCUGGAAAGAGAAGUCUGUGGCUCUGAUUAACCAGCUCCAGCAGACUUGUGAGGGCUAGAGGAAGAAUGCUCCUGGUUGUAUUAUACUGCCUGCUGUGGAGUUUCCAGACCUCCGCCGGCCAUUUCCCUAGAGCCUGUGUCUCCUCCAAGAACCUGAUGGAGAAGGAAUGCUGCCCGCCAUGGACGGGUGAUGGGAGUCCCUGUGGCCAGCUUUCAGGCAGGGGUUUCUGUCAGAACAUCCUUCUGUCCAACGCACCACUUGGGCCUCAAUUCCCCUUCACUGGGGUGGAUGACCGAGAGUCUUGGCCAUCUGUCUUUUAUAAUAGGACCUGCCAGUGCUCUGGCAACUUCAUGGGAUUCAACUGUGGAAACUGUAAGUUUGGGUUUUGGGGACCAAACUGCACAAAUAGACGCCUCUUGGUAAGAAGAAACAUCUUCGAUUUGAGCGUUCCAGAGAAGGACAAAUUUCUUGCCUACCUCACUUUAGCGAAACAUACUAUCAGCCCAGACUAUGUCAUCCCCACAGGCUCCUAUGGCCAAAUGAAUAAUGGAUCAACACCUAUGUUUAGCAACAUCAGCAUGUAUGACCUCUUUGUCUGGAUGCACUAUUAUGUGUCAAGGGACACACUGCUCGGAGGAUCUGAGAUCUGGAGAGACAUUGAUUUUGCCCACGAAGCACCAGGUUUCCUGCCUUGGCAUAGGCUCUUCUUGUUGCGGUGGGAGCAAGAAAUCCAGAUGCUGACGGGGGAUGAAAACUUCACUGUUCCAUAUUGGGACUGGAGAGAUGCAGAAAGCUGUGACAUUUGCACAGAUGAAUACAUGGGAGGUCACCACCCAGCAAACCCUAACCUCCUCAGCCCAGCAUCUUUCUUCUCCUCAUGGCAGAUUGUCUGUAGCCGACUGGAGGAGUACAACAGCCGUCAGACUUUAUGCAAUGGAACUCCUGAGGGACCAUUACUGCGCAACCCUGGAAACCAUGACAAAGCCAGGACUCCAAGGCUCCCUUCUUCAGCUGAUGUGGAAUUUUGCCUAAGUUUGACCCAGUAUGAAUCUGGUCCCAUGGAUAAAGCUGCCAAUUUCAGCUUUAGAAAUACACUGGAAGCUUAA